UGCUUUGUUCAAAAUGUAAGCCUGCUACUAGUCAAAGGUUACGUUCCUUCUCACCAGUAUAAAACUUGUCCAGUGAUCUUACUGCCAUGUUCCCCGCUCUAAGCUUAACUUUCAGACUAUAGGCAUAAAUUCCUGAGAGUUUUAGGUAGUGCCAGUGGUAAAAUAGUAUUGGGGUAAGGACAUUGAAGACAUUGCUCACAUUUAGUGUUUAAAGCCCUAAACAACUUUGGCCCUGAAUUUACUGUAUGCCCACCUGGUUGUUAAGAUCUCAGAGGGGGCCCUCUUGGUAGCCCCAUCUGCCUUAUUAAAUGUAUGGGGUGGUGGCAAUGCAGGAGAGGGCAUUCUCUAUGGCAGUCCCUAAGUUGUGGAAUUUCUUCCUCAUGAGGUGCAUCUGGCAUCUACACAAUGCAGUUUUUGGAUCACGCUGAAGACACACCUCUUUGCCUUUGACACCUGAGACAGCUUAGGUCCAAGUCAUCUGAAAGACCGUAUUCUCCAAUGCGAACUUGCUUGGGUUUUGAGAUCUUCAAGGGAAGCUCUUCUCUCAGUCCCAUCAUCCUCACAGGCACACUUGGUGGGGACACCAAAGAGGGCCUUCUCGGUGGCUGCUCCCAGACUCUGAAACUCGCUCCCUACAGAGAAGCUAGACCAACUAGCUUUUGUAUAAGCAGAGAUAUCACCUUGCCAACAAAGGUCCGUAUAGUUAAAGCUAUGGUUUUCCCAAGAGUGAUGUAUGGAAGUGAGAGCUGGACCAUAAAGAAGGCUGAUCGCCGAAGAAUUGAUGCUUUUGAAUUAUGGUGCUGGAGGAGACUCUUGAGAGUCCCAUGGACUGCAAGAAGAUCAAACCUAUCCAUUCUGAAGGAAAUCAGCCCUGAGUGCUCCCUGGAAGGACAGAUCGUGAAGCUGAGGCUCCAAUACUUUGGCCACCACAUGAGAAGAGAAGACUCCCUGGAAAAGACCCUGAUGUUGGGAAAGAUGGAGGGCACAAGGAGAAGGGGACGACAGAGGACAAGAUGGUUGGACAGUGUUCUCGAAGCUACGAACAUGAGUCUGACCAAACUGCAGGAGGCAGUGCAAGACAGGAGUGCCUGGUGUGCUCUGAUCCAUGGGGUCACGAAGAGUCGGACACGACUAAACAACUAAACAACAACAACAAGAGAAUCCUUCUCCCCCUGCCCUCGCGAACAUGACAAUAAUGCAAUAACACUGCGGAAGCAUCACAGAACAAUGAACAAAGUGGAAUGAUGUGUGGAUGAUCCCGCUACUAAUGCGCAAUUAUUGUGUCAAUGAGAUGCUGCAGAAUAUAUCUGCGAAAAAUAAACAUGCCCACCAGUCUGAAGAGACUGGGUUGUGAUAUGCAGUUCACCAUCCAAACGGUAAUUAGGGAACUGAAAAGCUCCUUGAUCCUUUAGUAUGGUUCAGCUCAUCAAAAUCUAAAAAUCUGUCUCAUAUUUCUCUUUCUUUUAUCAACUACUGGCUUUGUGCAGCAGGCCCCAUAUUUUAAAAUCAAGCUAAUUCCCCAGAUACAUUUCCAUGUAAAAUCUGAAAUUCCUAAUUUGGUUCCCUAUCUUGCGUGGUGAACUAAAUUAUUUUCACGAGCCCUUCAGGGCAUAUUGUCAGCACUGACUUACUGCAGUUAUGCACCAUAUCCCAACCAUUAACAUCGCUUCCAAAUAUAGUGUAUUGACAAGGUACCUGGUACAGUGUAAAUCCUAGGGACAUUUGAUCCAGAUCGUUAAAACCGAGUGAAGGAAGCAAAGAACAGAUCAGGUUACUAAUUCAAACAAGCAAUGAAUUAUUCAUUCCAUUAUUAAUUCGACAGGCCUCCAGCUAUUUUUCCCCUCUCAGAUAGGCACCAUUGAGUAUACUUUGGCUGUUUUCUGGCAUUGGGUCCAUUUGUCUCUUCAUAACUGUGUCAAAGGAUGCAGCAGAUGCUUCUCAUACACCUUGUGACAAUAACUUUCUUCUGCGCAGCAAAUGGGAUAAAUGCCAAGAAAGGUAAGGUAAGGCAUUUUAGGGGCUGUGUUCUGGGCCCAUUUGCAAAAUCGUGUUUCUUUUUUAAAUGGACUGCCUUUGCUUUGUUUCUCAUGAUCAUGUAGGGUACUUACUCUAGAACAUUAGCUGUCAUGGUGCACUUGCAAUACGCUGUGUACUGAUGAUGCUUCUUUUACAAAUCUUUCAGUAAUCUGCUCCCUGUAUACACUGCUUUUUUUUUUUAAGCUAGGGCUUCCAAAUUUGUCCUUGUAUCCAUGCCUCAAUCAGAUGCAUACAUGGAUCUCUUGCAUGUAUGAUGCCCAUAACUCAUGUAAUGGAGGGAGCAGGUCCAAGUGGGCAAAGGAAGCGUGGGGGUCAAGCUUCCUCCACUGGAAUUAACAUAGAACUGUAUACAUCUCUGAACUCUUGCAUCCACAAGUAUUUUCUGGAUCAGGUUGACAGGGUGGAAGCUUCAAGCCACCCAAUACCCCUACUGAGAAGAAUGGGUCCGCUGCAGCAGUGUAUGUGCUUUGAGAAGAACAACAGAGGGCAAAGAUUUGUUGAUUUCAAAAGAGCUGUAGAUAUGGAGAUGUUUUUGUGUGCUUAGAACCAUGUUUAUAGUGGUGUGCUCGAACAGUGUUUUUCUUUCUUUCUUUCUUUCUUUCUUUCUUUCUUUCUUUCUUUCUUUCUUUCUUUCUUUCUUUUCAAUUAUCACUGUAGGCAUAUAAACAGGUUUAGGGUAACUAGCAGGCUCCGUUGAGCAGAGUUAAAGUUCUUAGUGAGAAGAUGAAAUUGUGUGAAGAAAGGCAGAGUGACUAAUGCUUUCCAAUGGGUUCUAUUUCUAAAUUCUAUGGACCUGUAGCUGCAUUUGAGAAGAAGAUACUCAGUUUUGAAGAAGGCCUUCCUCCUCCUUACAACUUAAUUUCAGAUUUUAAAACAAUGCUAUUGUCCAUUUAGGUACGUUUCCCCCAAUCUUAACCAAAGUUUUUGUUUUCUUCCAUUCAACUCCAUAGCUCUCUCAAGCUAUGAUCUUCACCACAUGCCCAGAUUCCCUCCAAAAUGAGCUGGACAACAGAACCUUGCUAGAUAUGAUGGAUAUUCCAGUGAAAGAUAAUAUGCAAUUAUUCAUUCUCUUAGAUUUAUGCAGGGAUGAGAAGUUACGGUAUACACUGCAUAAACUUUAUGUAGUAAAGGAAUGUAUAUGAUGCUGGUUUAUGUUAUCUAUCUACUGUUAGAAUAUUGGGGUGUAAAUCACCAAUAUUCUUACUACUGCCACUGGCUUCGGUAAAGAAGACAGCAAACAAUCGUAGGUGCUAAUCUACGUUUAUUCAGAGAGUGUGUGUUCAGCCAUCACUCUCCAGUUCAGUAGAAAGUGAAAGUAGAAACAGAACAAAGAACAUCACAUGACAGGAGAUCAGGUUACAGCUUGAGCUCCUGUGUGGGAAAGUACAGCAGUUUUAUAAAGUAAACAUUCAUCCACAUGCAGCAUCUGUGCCAUGCAGAGGAUUUAUGCUAACAUCUACUAGCUGUAGAUCUUGCCCUGUGGUCCAUUAUAGUGUCUGAUGACAAUGCAUUACACACUGGUUGUGAAAGUUUAGGAAGGACAGAAGAUUUCUUCUUUGCCUGUGGCAGUUAUUUAGAUUUUAUUUUGAGUCUGCCUAGUCCCAGAAAUUCUUGAGUGGAUUACAGUUCAUGUAAAGCAUGUAAAAUAACCAACUAAUAUUAGCAAAAUGGGCAAUAAUACUACAUUGUAGUGUGUUGAGUCACUAUCUGGACACACAUCAAACUGUUCACAAGAUUGGUUCAAUAUGUCUUAACUGACUUCAACAAGCAAAGAUGGUCAAAUGAAUGCCCCUUGGGUAAGCAGGAGAAAGGCAUUAGGGAGAAUGGCAUUGUACAGACAAAGCCACAUUCAGAAAUAAAUUUUGGAGUUUUGGGGGUGGGGACUUACACCGCUAUAUAUUUCUUCAAGUUGUUGCUUAUAGAUACAGUAGGCUACAGUGACUGCUUAGUCAAAGUUGCUCUUCAAAUGUUUGUGUUUUCUGUAGGCAUCAAAUGUGGUGGUGUCCUCUCAGCGCCACAUGGCAACGUCUCAAGCCCGAAUUUCCCUGGACUCUACCCAUAUGAUACAGAUUGCAUGUGGCUCAUAGUGGUAACAGAAGGGUCCUCUGUUUUGCUCACCUUUCAUCACUUUGACCUGGAAUACCAUGACAACUGCGAAUUUGACUACCUCAUGAUUUACAAUGGGAUCUCGGAAGACCAAGGCAAUCUCCUAGGAAAAUUCUGUGGCACAAGUUUUCCUCCACCAUUUACAUCAUCUUGGAACAUCAUGACUGUAAUAUUCCACUCGGAUAACCAUGUGGCCAGCCAAGGAUUCUCUGCAGUUUACCAAAAAGAUGUUUGUGGGGGUGUGUUCACCGGCCUUUCGGGAUCAAUAACAAGCCCCGAUUACCCAGAGAAUUACCCUAACAAUGCCGAAUGCCGUUGGGUCAUCCAGGCAACUUCAAAUUCUGUCAUCAAACUGAUUUUUGUGGACUUCCAGAUGGAAAACAGUGAGCAGUGCAAUUUUGAUUAUGUAGCCAUCUUUGAUGGGUCAACUAUGGGGGAUACACUCCUUGGUCACUUUUGUGGGCACGUGAAGCCUCCAGACGUCUCUUCUGCACAGAAACUGCUGGUUGUGUUCAAAUCAGACUUUAACAUUGCAGGCAGAGGCUUCAAAGCAUAUUUCUUUUCAGGUGCAUGUCAGGAGGUGUACACAGCCAUCAAAGGAAAUUUCUCCAGUCCUCAGUAUCCCAACUAUUACCCCAAUAAUAUCAAGUGUCACUGGGCCAUCCAGCUGCCCCCAGGAUAUCGAAUCAAAGUCUUCUUCCUGGACUUGGAUCUGGAGGGGCGGAACAGCCUGACAGAUGGCUGUGAUUAUGACCAUCUGGCUGCGUUUGAUGGAGGCACCGAGAAGGCGUCUCUGCUGGGGAAGUGGUGUGGGAGAGAAAUGCUGUCUCCUAUUAUAUCCAGUAGAAACAAGCUGCUAUUGGUCCUUCACACAGACAGGAACACGGCCAACCGAGGUUUCUCUGUUGCGUACAUCGGAGUUGUCCUCAUGAAUGUCAGCUGCACACGGACAGAGUUUCAGAUCCAGAUUCCCACACAGUCACUGGCUCCACUGGAGAGGAAUAAGAUAUAUUUAGGAAUCCCGUCCUGCCCUGCACAAGUGGUCGGCUUGAAUUUUAGGAUACAUGCAAGGUUUGAAACCUGUGGUACAGAACCGCAGAAAAGAAACAACACAUCUGUGAUUGUCAGCAUCCUGUAUAUUGACUUUUCAGAUGGAAACCAGGAGGACAUUCACCAAUAUGAAGUGCAGUGCGAGCCCAAAAGGAAAGAGGCCUCUGUGACUCUUCUCUCUGGCUCUGAUCCCUACAGACUGAACCAGCAUGCAGAGAAUCUGGUGGAGUCCCAACAGCAGGAUAUGGAGGCAGCAGAAGUCUACGAGAGCAAGGGCCAGGACACCAGUGACAUUGUCUUCAUCAGCAUCUGUAUUCUUGCUGGUGUUCUCAUGAUCAUUGCUAUUGUUGGGUUAGUCUUGCUAUAGGGAUGAAGCCUUUCAGACGCCUAUCCUCUUGGCACUCUUUCCAUGUCAGCUACUCAACGAGACUCACAUGAGAGGCAGCUUGUUCUGGAGCUGGGUUAAAAUGCUCACUUAUAGUGGCAACUCACCACAUCAGGCUAGCCUUGUCCCCUGCCAGUUUAGAUCUGAACAGGACUCCUGAGCUUUUGCUCAAAAUCACACGCUUAGAGUGUAUCUGCACCAGCACACUUUCUUAAUGCUCGUUUUCAUUUAAUGUAAAUUUGCCCCUCAUUUCCCCAGUACUAAUCUUUGUUGGUAGCAAGGGGAAAUGAUAGGUAUAAAAGGAGAAUUCCUGGAUGCCAAGAUCGAAGUUUGGGGCAAGUAUUUUUUGGUGAGAGAUUAAUAAUCACAAAACGUAGCAAAGUGUGUGGGGAAAAGCUGUUAGAUGUUUAAAAUACACCCUUGUGGGUUCCAAAAUGGUCCCUCUUCCCUCGGCAUAGAAAAAGAUCACACGUUUGGUGCAUUAAAAACUGGUUCACUUACAAACACUUCAAUUGGUUUACUUACAAACAUGUCAGGUUCAUGUGCUUUUCUAUACAUCAUUCGGAAAACAUAGGCAGUAAAACUUGACUUAAUUACAGUGAUGAAAGUUCCUAAAUUAGAGACUUCCGGUUGAUCGCAAUGCCAUCGCAGUCGGAGGUCCGUUCAGCGGAGCGGACCUCGGCGCUUUGAAGAUAGGGGAAAUCGCUCCAGCGAAGCGGAUCCCCCCAAAUAAAACCCAAGUCAAGCGUCUUGGGGUCAGGUCGUCUGGCGGGUGUCAAAAGCGGGCUCCCCCCGUAAGGCUCUGUUUUGAGCCCCCGAGAGCGGGGGGAUCGGAGCUGCGACACGGCAGGCAUAAGAUCGCUAAUUUCAAAGCGUGACACUGCAGGACUGCAGGGCUACAGUGGUCAAUUCUCCCAAAUAACUGGAUUAAAAGCGUGAGUUUCAAUUGGAUUUAUUUGAAUUAAUUUGGACAAUUUGGCCAAGGGAAGAGACUUAAAAACGGGAGUCGGUCUCUCCAUUUGAGUGCUCGAUGAUGCAGUAGAUGUGAAUGCCUAAAAAUUGGCUUUAAAACACUUCCCUGAAGCAGAGUAAGGGGAAGAGUUAAAUUGUAUCUAGAUCUCUGCAAAGGACUGUGUUUUGAUAAGAGGAGACCCCUCUGAGAAUUGGAGUCGGGUCAAAGGAAGGACCGGCUAGCCGCCAUUAUGUCAUCACAAUAGAAAGGAAUGUGCUUGUUUAUCAGAGACUGAGAGAUUGAGGGACUGAGAACUAACGACAGUAGACUGUUUAAUAUUAAUUUAAUUUAAUUUAAAUUAAUCUUAAUUUAAGAUUGAGUGUCAAGAGGAAGAUCUAAGAAACAGAAUAGUUUCCGGCUCUGACGCACGUAUUGAAAUGGAGGACAAUAACAGGAUGGAGGAGAAGGUUUUGGAUUCUGAAGAGGAAAACAUACUUUGGGACUUAAUCCUGGAAAAUAUUUUUGAAAUGAAAGAGGAGAUGCUCAACCCCAAAAGAAAAGUAACAGCUCUGGAGGAGAAGAUUGCUGAACCAACAGAACUGAACUUUGAAUUAGAAGAUUUAAAUUGUGGAGAAAAUAAGGAAGAAGAAGCAGUGGAAGAAGAAGUGGAAGAAGAAAUCACUGUUCCACCGGUGGGAGGGGAGGAACAGGGAAUGGAUUUGACCCAAAAGUCCCAAAUAAAUGGGAAAACUAGAAAGGCUGCCACCCCAGUGAGAGAGGGGGGGGAGAAGAAGAUGGGGGACAGAAAGCAAAUGAGAUUGACGAUAAGUUGGGAAUACAGCAGGGGGGAAAGGGCUGAGCAAGGGCUGUAUUGGGACAGAGCAGGAGUGGGGUGAAGGUGGAAUAUGGACUAAAUCUAUAUAGAAUGGAUAAAGACGGUCUGAACCUGGAAAGUUUUAAGGAGCUAGCUGAAAUCUCUGGAGACAUCGACUCCAAGGAAAGGGGGAAUAAAUUAGUUGGGAUUAAAAAUAAAAUAAAAUAAAAGAUAUAGAAAAAGUUAUAUGGAUAUUUUUGGGCAAGAAAUAAUGGUUUUGAAGUAAAUGAGAAAGAUGUUUUUCUUUAAGGAUAGAUGUUUAAGAUUAAGGUUUAAAUUAUAAAUUAUGAUGUAAAAUUAAGAAAUAUGAAUACUGCAAAUUAAGCUAUUAAAAUGAACUCAAGAGGGGGGAUGCGGGAAA